AUGUGGUCCGCUUCUGCCGAUACACGUGUCGACUCCCCUAAGCGACGUAUGAAAUGCACCUAUCACCUGGCGCGGAGGCAUCCGCCGCAGCGGCGACGCGACCAUCCGCUCCCGCUGUCGCAUCCGCUACCGCUCUCGCGCGAAAGUGAAAAUUCGCUAGGCACUUUCUCCCCACCCGGCGCGGCGGCCGCAUCGGCCCGCCCCUCACUGCACGCCCGCGCCCCGCGCCCCCCGCCGCCCGCCGCCCGCGCGCCGCAAGGUCAGCCCCGCGUGCAGCGGGUGGCGCGGCGGCGGCGCGGCGACGCGCUGCGCUCU